AUGGCGGAGUAUACUACCAAAGACCCCAUGGUCCAGGCCAAGGGUGAGCCUGACAUGAACGCUGACGAGCUACGACUGGCUCAAAUGGGCCAUACCCAAGAACUCAAACGUCAUUUCAGCAUCUUGUCCCUAAUCGGCCUCGCUUCUACGACUACCAUCUCCUGGACCGGCCUUGGAUUGAGCAUCGUCACCGAAAUCAAUGCCGGUGGACCAAGUGCUAUUAUCUACGGCUUCAUUCUCGUGACGAUUCUGCAAAGCUUUCUUGGAGCCUCUCUGGCCGAGUUUGUGUCUAGUUAUCCGACCGAGGGUGGCAUGUACCAUUGGAUUGCCGCUAUUGCUCCAAAGAAAUAUAGUGCUUUUCUAAGUUUUGUUACGGGUUGGCUGACUGUUUGUGGUUGGAUAUUUACUACCGCCUCAACAAACUUGAUCUUUGCGGACGUCGUCCAAGCGCUUUACGCUCUCUAUCACCCUGACCUAGUUCUUCAGACAUGGCAGACUUUUGUUAUCUAUCAGAUACUUAACUUGUUGACAGCUGCCGUUGUUCUUUUCGGCAACAAAGUUAUUCCAGCCCUCAACAAGUUCUCUCUAUUCUACCUACAGAUUGGCUGGUUGGUUGUAUUGAUCACAGUGGUGGCAUGCGCCCCCACACACCAGAGUACCGAAUUCGUUUUCAGAACUUGGAUCAACAAUACCGGCUGGAACAGCAAUGUUAUUUGUUUCAUUACCGGCUUGGUCAACCCUUUGUAUAGUCUUGGUGGACUUGAUGGUGUUACGCAUAUUACCGAGGAGAUGCCUAAUCCCUCGCGUAAUGCCCCACUUGCAAUUGCCAUUACCCUAACAAUCGCAUUCCUGACUGGUUUGACCUAUCUCAUUGCCCUAAUGUUCAGCGUUCAAGACUUCGCUGCUCUAUCUACCACCAAUACCGGUCUGCCUCUCGCCGAAUUGUUCUAUCAGGCAACACAAUCAGCCGGUGGCGCGUUUGGCUUGACAUUUAUCCUAUUCGUCGCACUCGGCCCUUGUGUUAUUUCAUCCCAGCUCUCUACAUCACGAGUCCUCUGGGCCUUUGCUCGUGAUGGUGCUAUGCCUUUCUCUGAUAUCUGGGCAAAAGUGAGCAAGCGUUUUGGAAUUCCAUUCAAUGCGCAACUGUUGGUUGCUGCUGCCAAUGCAGUUUUGGGCUGCCUCUACCUCGGUAGUAGCACCGCUUUCAACAGCAUGCUUGGUGCUGCCGUUACUAUCAACAAUGUCGCCUACUUGAUUCCCAUUGCAACGAACAUGAUCAUGGGCAGGACAGGAAUGCACAAGGGUGUAUUCCACAUGGGAAAAUGGGGCUGGCUCAUCAAUGGCGUAACCGUGGCUUGGCUACUGUUUGCAAUUGUCUUCUUCAGCUUCCCUUACAGCAUGCCUGUCACAGUGCAGAGCAUGAACUACACAUGUGUCGUUGUUGGAGGGCUGCCUAUCUUGAUUUUGGUGUGGUGGUUCUUGGGUAGUAAGAAGUACAAGGACAAAAUCGCUCGUGCUAAGGAAGAAUAG